UUUUCCCUGUGACAUCAUUAGAUGAUCCACAUCCCACCGUCCAGAGGAGAGAUCCAGCUGGUUUCGUGUGAAGUUCGAGAGAUCCAGAGAGUGGUUCCAGAACCAGAUUAGAACUAGAUUCCCAGCGUGAGCUGGGUGGCGAGCCGCAUUGAACUACUGAUACUGAACUGAGAGUGGAGAAGAAUUCCUUCAUUCCCCCUUCCUCACGGACUGUGUGGUAGGACAGAACAAACAUACACUGAUACACUGACACUUGACACGGAUCCGAAGAAAUAAGGGCCCCAACGGUAACUUUGGGACAAAAAGGGUUUUCAUUUUUGCCGGCUUUAUUAUUUUAGUUUGUUAUUUUCCAUUGAAUGCCUUGCAACAACUGUUGUAUUUUCAUUGUGUUAUUGGUUAAUAAUAAGUGGCCACACAAAACCAAAAGGAAAAAAAAAACUUCAAAUCAUUGACUGUGUCUUUUCAUUACUCAACCACAAUGGCUCUCUCUAGCUUAUAGUCUUCUGUACUGGUCCAUCUCUUAACAUUGACUAUUACUUACCUGUGCUCAUGUUAUAAUACCAUAAUAAGGGUUACAGAUUUGGCGAGCCAGCCAGGAGGGCCCUGUUGAGUGUGAAAUUGUCAAUUUUAUUUUGUGUGUACAAGUUUUUACAAUUACAGGUACAUUUAAAACAUUUAAAAAAUAAAUAAAUAAAUUGGAAACAUUAGGCACGGCAAAAUGGAAAUAGUAAUGCAGGAAUCCGUUGAAAUCCCUUGUGCCGUAGUGGUUAGUGGGUUAACUGACACAGAUAGUGAUAAUGAAGUAUCCACUUACCUUCAGAAAUAUGGUUCCAUCAAACACUUUCUCCACAUAGAUGAUCCUAAAUCAGAUUUCCACAGACACAUCAUUGUGGAAUUCACACAAAGCACUGCUAUGGAAGCCUUAGAGCCCUUGUUGCCCCUUAAGCUUCAAAGUCCCACCCAGACCAGCACUGUGUAUGAAGUGAAAAGGUUGGCAAGUGUUUACACUCUAGAUGCUCGAAGCAAGGCUACCAGAACAUACAUGGAACAACUGUGUGAUAUUGCCAAGCUAAGUGGAACUUCUUUAGAGCAGAUGCUGAAAGAAGAGCUGACACAUAUUGCCUUGUCUACAGCUAGCACACAGUCCUCUUCUCCUCAGCCUAACCCAAAACCCUCAUCUGAGCAGAGCCCACUCUCCCAAAAGGAACCAUCUGACCAGGAGAGUGUCUCAUCCUCUCCGCGCCCUUCUUUCGUCGACUCCUCUGAUCCUGCAGGUAGGAAACCUUCUCACGAUGAGGUUCAGCCUCAUACCCCUUCGAUCCUUACAAAAAACCUGACUGAGUUAACAUCGUCGUCAACUCCCCCAGUUGUCAUUGGUGACCCGACCCAAUCCACCAUCGAUGUGAAUCCCCCAAGUAUUCAACGAGUGGUGGUUGAACAUGUGGUCCGCAACAGUGAAGGCCCAUCACACCUUUCUACGCCAGGUAGGCUUCGAGCGUUCACAGGAAAAUGUCCACGUCCUAGUAACGAAGCGGAUUACGACACGUGGCGUACCAGUGUUGAGGUUCUCAUGAAGGAUCCCUCAGUUUCUGAUUCACACUGCACUCAUCGCAUCCUUGAUAGUCUCCUCCCUCCUGCUUCGGAGAUGACUAAGCAUCUUGGCCCACAGGCUAAACCCUUGGCCUAUCUUGAACUACUGGACUCUGCCUAUGGAGCAGUUGAAGAUGGCGAUGAACUGUAUGCCAGAUUCAUGAGUACACUUCAAAAUGAUGGUGAGAAGCCAUCUGCUUUUUUGCAGAGGUUGCAUGUGGCACUGAGCACAACUAUGAGACGUGGUGGUGUGCCUUCUCACGACUUUGACCAGCAACUUUUAAAGCAAUUCUGCCGUGGUUGCUGGGAAAAUUCCUUGAUAGUCGACCUUCAGCUUGAACAAAGGAAGAGGAAUCCGCCAUCCUUUGCAGAACUGUUACUGCUGUUAAGGACAGAAGAGGAUAAACAGGCAGCGAAAAUGAGUCGUAUGAAGCAACAUCUGGGCAGCACCAAGCCUGCUUAUAGUGCCAGCAAGCAGCGUAUUAUGUCUCAUCUACAAACGGCACAUGCCACAACUGAGUCUGAUCACUGCACUGAAGUCGAGAUGUUGAGGAAACAAAUAGCAGAUAUUAGUGCCCAACUUAACAGCAUGACAGUAGAGAGUCAAAAACAGAAACUGCCUAAACAGAAAGCAAAGUCCCUUGCCUCCAGUGCCAAAGCCGAUACUCACCUCAUGAAAAGGAAAGGAAGUCAGCAGAGCCCCUCCGUCAAACUGAGCAGCAAGCCACGCCCUUGGUACUGUUUCCAGUGUGGGGAGGAUGGUCAUGUGGUCUCGGCUUGUGACAAUGAGCCAAACCCUUCCCUCGUUGCAGCAAAGAAAAAACAGCUCCGAGAAAGGCAGGCUGCAUGGGAGUCCUCUAACUCCCUUGGUGAUCAGGCACAUUUAAACUAAUGUCUGCUCCC